AUGCCUAAGGUUUUGAGUUUGAAGAAAUCGCAGACACAGUCUUCCAAGGGUCAAAAGGCGAUAACACAAUUUUUUAAAGCAGCUCCUAAUAGUAUUUCUACCCCAUUGAACCCUGAGAAGCAAGAACCUCUUUUCGUGAAACGUAAAGCAACUUCACCUGUGUUAGUCGAGUCGAUCUGUAAUUCGACAGCAAAAUCCUCUCCAAUAAAGGAAAAUAUAAUUGAAAAUCAUGUAAAAAGGUGUAAGAUCCAAAAAGAUUAUUUUGUAAAGGAUAGUAAAAAAGUUUUAGUUGAAUCCAUUUUAGAUGAUCUUCCUGACAGACCAUGUAGCAAUGAUAGUGCUUUGAAUAGACGAUCACCAUUAACUGCUAUAUACAAUGAAAAUCAUGGCGAAAGCAAAUUAUCCUGUAAAAAUACUGAAUCAAGUUUGUCUUCUAUGAAAUUAUUGAGAACUCCUGAGAAAUGUAGUAAGAAUGGACAAAGUAUAUCAUAUAGCCCAAAAUCCAUGGUUGAAAAGAGCCCAAGAAGAAAAUUUGCAAAUAAAAGUAGAGAGGAGAGUUCACCAUCAAAAUGUGGGUCAACUAUCAAGUUGUUAGAAUUUGAUAAUGCUGGAGAGAAUACAGAUGAUCUCUUUGCUGAUGAAUGGGAUUUAAAUGAAUUAAAUGAGAACACUAGGGAAGAUUUAGAUCUAACUAUUAUGCAGAGGUGUGAGGUUUUAUCAGUAAAGUGUCAUCCUACAAAACUGGAACUGAGAUUGAAGAAUAAUGUUGACAGUCAAUGCACUUGCUGUAUUGAGGGAGUCUGGAUGAACACUCCAAUUCAAUCUGGAGAAAUAAUAAGUAUAUUAGCAUCAAAAAACUCAGCGGGUCAGUAUUUUGUAAACAAUAACUAUGGAUUGUUGUCUUUGAGACCAGAUCAUCUUAUAUCUACUACCAGUGUAGUGGCUGGAGUAUUUUGCAAGAGAAAGGCAGUACUUCAAGAACGAUGGAAAGGGAUUGACGCCGCUAAUGUUGCAAUGACAAUUGGGAUUUUAAUACAUGAAUUGGUACAAAAAGCCCUUACACAGAAUAUUAAAAAAGCAUCUGACUUGCGCCAGUCAUGUGCACAUAUAAUAAAAGAAUCACUACACAUGUUAUAUGACGCUGGUAUUAAUGAAAAGGAAGCCAAAACUAAUAUGGAACAGUACAUAACACCUCUAGAAGAUUUUAUGCAGACAUAUUACAGUAAAAAUCCGUUGCAUCACAAAGCUAAAUGGAAUGGCAGAAUAGAAAACGUUUUAGACAUAGAAGAAAAUAUGUGUUGCCCAGAGUUGGGACUGAAAGGAAAAAUAGACGCAACAUUACAAGUAACCAUCCAAGAAAAAAAAGGUGAAUCACGCGAAAUAGUUCCAUUAGAAUUGAAGAGUGGUAAAGCGUCUGGCUCAGUUGAACAUCGAGGCCAACUGGUUCUGUAUGGUAUGAUGAUGAGUAUACAACGGAAUGAAGAUCCCGCUAUUACAAUCCAAAGGGGCCUGUUGCUGUAUUUAAAGGAACAAGUGGACGUGAGAGAAGUCAGUUGUGGCUAUCCAGAACGACGAGAUCUCUUACUGUUGCGGAAUGAGCUUGUUCAGCAUCUUGCUUCCGGACCGCAAAGUGUCAAAACAGAAUUAAUGGAUAUAGAAGACGCGGCUAAGACGUUACAGCAAAGUUUACCGGAGCCAGUACAUCAUCACAACGCAUGUUCUAAGUGUCCAUAUUUAACAAUUUGCUCUCUACACUUGUGGCACACUAAUGACGUCAUUGUCUCUGAAUCGCACCCGUUAGCCAAGCUGCGAGAUACAGCAUUAGGUCAUUUGUCAUCCACUCAUGUAUCGUACUUCCUACAUUGGACGAGUUUGUUGAAGUUAGAGGAAAUGGCUCAAAUGUCAAAUUCACCGUUACAUGCAUUAUGGACUGUAUCACCUGAAAACCGAGCGAAACGCGGCACUUGUUCUGCGAAUUUAAAGCUGCUCCGUUAA